AGUCUAACCCAGUCCCAUCCGCGCCGCCACCGCUCUCAUUCUUCCCCUCGGGAUCCAUCCCCACCAACCGCAGCCUCCGACCAGAUCCCUAAUUUUUCCGCGCAGCCGCCCGAGCAUCUCGAUGGAUCGAGUGCUUCGCGUCCAAGCACAACCCCCUGUUCAUGCCCCGAGCCUCCCGUCGUCUAGGAGCACGAGCUCCAUCGCCUCACUGCCACUAGCAGGAGCAUCCCCAUCGCUAGCCUCCAGGACCUCUGCUCCUCCUCUCUAUCUCUUUCUCCUCCCUCUCUCGAUUUCUUCUCUCUCACGUAUCUCUCUCUCCCUGUUCUUGCCGCAGCAAGGAACCGCCAUCACCUUCCUCCGCCGCCAUUGCCCGUCCUUGGCCGGAUCCCGCCGUCAGGGCCCUGUCCCCGCCGCCGGCUACCCGAAGUCCCGCCGUCGAUGUCGUUCCCCUACCAUGGCGCCUCGACCUCCUCUCAAGCCGCGCGCCAAGGCCAGCUCCUCUUCGCCCAGAUCCGCCGCCCUGCUCUAUUCUUCGCCGUUUGCCGCUAGGACCUGCGCCACCGGAGUCGUCCUCCUCGCCGUCCUCCCACCGGAGAGCACCACCAGCAGCGCCGCGAGGCCUCUGCUCCCUUACCUUUCCCUUCCCUUGCUGAACCUCUCCCUCUCCUGUCGCUCAGCUCUCUCUCUCCUUUUUUGGUUUUUUUCAUGGACAGGGGAUCAAGCCGCCACCACUAUGGUCUUCCUCCGCCACGGGACACCGGCGCCCCAACCUCCAUCCCCGCCCGAUGCCCAGUUCCGCUUGCCUCCUCUGCUUCGACGUCAUCCCCGUCGCCGGAGGAUGCAGCACCCGGCCGCCUCGAGCCCCGACGCCGGCGAGCCAUCACCUCCGCCGCCCUUGCCCGUUCCCGACCGGCGUCGCUCUGCAACCCGUCGCUGCCAUUUGUCUUCAGAGACGAGCAGAGCAGUUCCCCCGCGCCUGGAACCGCUCGAUCUCGUUGACCACAGCCACGCGCUCGUGCAUCGCCUCGCUGGGCCGCUGCCAAGGCCCAGCCUACUUCCCCAUGAAUUCGGCCUCCUCCAGUCGUAAACCGAGCGGGCCAAGCCCCACUUGGAUUUCAGGCAAGAUGACCAUACCCUCGAAAUCACUUCUAUCUUUGCUUGCUAGUUGCUCGCUCUUUU